CAUACUCCAUUGACGAAUCUUAUACCUCAAAUCCUCAAUUCAUUGUCGUUCCAGACUUCCGGUAUGACAAUACCUGCUAUCUUCGAGACUUCGACCACCACUAGUCCUCUACCGUUGAGGCGUCGACAACCGCUAGUCCACUACCGACCAGUCGACCACCUACAUUCUACAGUCGACGUCGGUAUCAGUACCUGCCGCCGCCAAUGAAAAAAUCUCCGGCUAGUCGACGUUCACAAGCCUGAGAAAGAUUUUUUGCAGAUGGAAUCAUGUAGACCUGAAGUUUCAUCAGCUCCAACAUUAGAGCAAAAUUCUGCUGCAAACCAACAACAUGAGAACACUGGUUCUGUAAAUGACAGAAAUAGCCCUCCUAAUAAUACUGAAGAAGAAAAUGCAGAUGAAGAAAGUUCCCAUUUUGAAAGGAAGAAAAGGCAAAAGACUUCUCCAGUAUGGGGUGAUUUUAAAGAAGUUAUGAUGUCUGAUGGGACUAAAAAAGCACAAUGUAUACAUUGUAAAAGUAAACUCUCCAUAUUAGCAAGCGCUAGUACUAGUCAUUUGGGACGACACUUGAAGAAAUGUAUCCCAAAAAAACUUUAUGACCAACAACAACAAAAGAUCACUUUGCAAGUAGUUGAUUCGGGAAGUAAUUCACAACAUGUCACCCCCGCCUUUACUGAUGGAAAGUUUGAUAUGAUGAAAAUGAGAGAGUCAAUUGCACAUUGGAUACUUAUGCACGAACAUCCUUUCACAAUUGUUGAGGAAGAGGGGUUUAACAUGAUGCAAAAGCGCGGAAUGCUUGAGUGGGAAACCGUCUCACGUGUUUCCAUUAAGGCAGAUUGUAAAAAAGUUUUUGAGAUAGAAAAGAAGAAGCUGAAGGAUUUAUUGAAAUCUAUUUCAAGGAUUAGUGUGACCACAGAUAUAUGAAAGUCUACCAAUCAGAAGAUCGAAUAUAUGGUUCUUACAGGCCAUUUUGUCGAUUCUAAUUGGCAUUUACAGAAGCGUGUUCUUAGCUUUAUUCACUUACCUCCUCCUCAUCGUGGGCUUGAGAUUGCCAACAAUCUUUAUAAGUGUUUGAAGGAUUGGUGCAUUGAGAAUAAGGUGUUUACUAUUUCGGUUGACAAUGCCUCAAAUAAUGACUCGGCUGUUAGGAUCUUAAGUGAAACUUUUUCAAGGGUUAAGAAGUUGCCUUGUGGAGGAAAGAUGUUUCAUGUACGUUGUUGUGCACACAUCUUGAAUCUUAUGGUUCAAGAUGGACUUUCUAGAAUUGGCCAUAUCAUUGAGGAUAUAGACGACUCUGUCACAUUUAUCAAUCAAAAUGAGUCAAGACUCAACUUGUUUUCUGAGAUUGUGCAACAAUUACAAUUGCCACAUAGAAAACUUAUUCUUGAAUGCAAGACAAGGUGGAACUCAACAUAUGAAAUGUUGUCCGCUGCAAUCAAAUUUAAAGAGGUAUUUCCAAUGUACAAAGAAAGAGAGCCACGCUACAUUAGUUGUCCCACAAAUGAAGAUUGGAUAAAGGUGGAAAAGGUAUGUGAGAUUUUAGAAGUUUUUUACUCUGCAACUAAUAUUAUCUCUGGUAGUGAGUAUCCAACUUCAAACCUAUUUCUUAAUGAAGUUUAUAGAAUCAAAGUUUUGUUGGACAAGAAGCUUCAAGAUCCUAACGAAUAUUAUUUUGUUCAUGACAUGGUUCGGUGCAUGAAACAAAAAUUUGAUAAGUAUUGGGGAGAGUGCAACUUGAUGAUGUUGAUUGGUGCUAUUUUAGACCCUAGGUGCAAAAUGAGGGUUAUUGAGUUUUGUUUUCCUAGGAUAUAUCCCGAACAGGAAGCUUGUGAAAAUAUAGACAAAGUUAAAAAAGCUUUAUAUGAAUUGUAUGGAGAAUAUGUGGAUGAAUAUUGUUCUAGUGGCGGUGAAGGAAAUUGUGAAACUGUUGUUGGUUUAAGUGGAAACAAUGUGAACAUUCAACCCUCAUCUUCCGGAUGGUCCGAGUUUGCUCAGUUUGUAAGAACAGUUGAAAAUAUACAACCACAAAAAUCAGAUUUAGAUAAUUAUCUUGAAGAGGGUUGUUACAUUUGUGAUGCUGGCCCAACACCGUUUGAUGCUUUACAAUGGUGGCGAUCAAAUUCGUUAAAAUAUCGUAUAUUAUCACGCAUGGCUCGAGAUAUACUUGCUAUUCCCAUCACCAUUGUUGCAUCGGAAGCUACUUUUAGUGCGGGUAGUAGAGUUAUUGACACAUAUAGAGCAUCAUUGGCUCCCGAAACGGUUGAAGUCUUACUUUGUGGAGGAGAUUGGUGUCGAAGCCUCCAUGGUUUGAAAAGAAAGAACAAGGUAUGAUUCAUUUGUUUCUCAUUACUUUUUAUUUAUAUUUUAUAAUUUAAUAUAUUUAUUGUUCUCGUGUUUAUGCGUUUCAUAAAGAGAAACAACAAAUGGAGAUCAAUCUUCCUAUUCCAUGACAGAUACAUGAGAAGUAAGCAUAUUUAAAAUGUUUAAAACUGUAAAUUUUAGCUAAUUUUUGUUGUUUUCAGGUUAAGUUGUUUUUUUGCUGUUGUUGCUGUUUUUUUGUUGCUGUUGUUGCUGUUUUUUGCCAUUGUUGCUGCUUUUUUGGUGCUGCUGUUGCUGUUUUUUUUGCCACUGUUGCUGUUUUUUGGUGCUGAUUUUUGAUGUUGCUGUUUAGGUUAGUUUGCUGUUUUUUUUGGUUAUUUGUGUUGUAUUUUUUGGUUAUUGUUGUUAUUUUGACAGGUACAAGAGAUUGUGUUGGUGCUGAAUUGGUAAAAUGCAAAUACAUAGAUGCUUGAUGAUAUAUUGACAUUAGAUGUUUCUUUUUGGUAUUUUGGAUAUUUUUAAAAUGCAAAGACAUAGAUGUUUCUUUUUGGUAUUUUGGAUAUAUGUAAAAUGCAAAGACAUAGAUGGUUUAUUGUGCAUUUUUGCUAUUUUGGACAAUGUAAAAGCAUAUGGAAUGUUUUUAAUUUUUGAUGAUUUUCACCUUUUUUUAUUUUUUAAUUUUAGUCAAGUCGAACCGAGCUCGCGAGCCGAGCUCGAUAGUAUCGAGUAUUUCACGAGUCGAGUUUGAGCUUCAGAUUUAAGCUCGAGGCGAGUUCGAGUCAAGUAUUUUAAGCGAGUCGAGAUUCGAGCUUGGCAAUACUCGGUUCGACUCGACUCGUUUACACCCCUAAGUACAAUGAGGAAAACUCACCCCACAAUCUGAAAAAUAGUUGAACAGAUCACCGCUCCAAAUACUGCCUCUAUAGAUCACCUAUACAAAUAACAGGGACCCAAUCUCUACUAUUUUUGAAUUUCCCAAAAUUCCCUUAAGUCAAACUUGGUCAAGUCUAUGGUUAAAGGUCAAAGUAAAAAAAUCAAAGAGUCAACA